ACAUCCAAACAGAUACGCUUACGCAGACUUAUCCCAAGCAAAUAUGGCAUUGGUGAUCCGUGGCUCUUGCUUCCAUGCCCGACCCAAGUCUCCGCAAUCUCGACCGUCCCAUAUCUUCUCCGGCAAAUGCCCUACCCCCGGAAAAGUAGCUUCACUUCAAUAUAGAGUAGAAAGGUUUGCAUUAUCCUUCGGGGAUAUUUCCACUCGACCAUGUGAAAAUCGCAGUAUAUUGCCAAGUAGGGAAGGUAUGCACCGAAGACUUGAUGGUUUAUGCAAGUUGGAAGGAAGCUGUAUCAUCAAUCAAAUGCUACCAGUUUGUGGGAAUUUUUUGAAAUGGUUAUUUCCUGAUGAGGCAAAAUUAUUAUCAAGGUCCAAAAUGAUGGAACUUUUAGUCAUCAACGCAUUGACUCUGGCAACUCCUUUUGAAGCUUUGGCAGAAACAUGUGAACCAGAAAAUUCAGUUUUUAACAUGCCUCUACUGCUAUUUAUUGCCCUCAUAGGGGCCACCGUUGGGGGGUUGCUUGCACGGCAGAGGAAAGGGGAACUGGAGAAGCUAAAUGAGCAACUCCGUCAGAUCAAUGCAGCUUUAAGAAGGCAAGCUAAGAUUGAGUCAUAUGCCCCAAGCUUGAGUUAUGCUCCUGUGGGUGCUAGAAUAUCAGAAAAUGAAGUGAUUGUUGAUCCACGGAAGGAAGAGUUGAUUUCUCACCUGAAAGCUGGGAAGAACUUUUUAAGGAAUCAAGAUCCAGAGGCGGCCUUUGCAGAGUUUAAACAAGCUCUUGAGCUUGCUCAGACUUUGACGGAUCCCACUGAGCAGAAGAAAGCUGCUAGAGGUUUAGGAGCCUCACUGCAAAGGCAGGGAAAGUACCGGGAAGCCAUUAAAUACCACUCUUUGGUUCUGGGAAUCUCUGAGCAAGAAGGUGAAGACUCUGGAAACACGGAGGCAUACGGGGCAAUUGCUGAUUGUUAUACCGAAUUAGGUGAUCUUGAACGAGCUGGGAAAUUUUACGACGAGUAUAUUUCAAGGUUGGAGACAGAUUAAACGUUUUCUAUGUCCAAUGGACCAUAGAGCAUUAGCAGAGGUUGAAAUCGGCUUGCAGACUAGUUCUUUUUGAUAACUCAUUAGCAUGGUUUUUGUAUCCUGGUAUUAUUUGUUACUGUCUGAACCUUCAUCAUUCUAGCAAAUACAAAUCAUCCAAGGCGUUGAGCUCCUAUUUCCUAA